AUGCCGUGUGGAGGGAUAAUGAUAUCGGUCGUGUACGGCAGGGCCGCCCUGUCUGGCCUCCCCGUGUCUCCCCCCAGCUCUGGCCGGGUGCCACUCCUUGGCCCUGCUGCCACCGCCGCCCGGCCCCACGCUCAGCUCAGCGCCAUGCUUGUCGGAGAGGACGUUGUGACGGAGGGGAAGCACCUGCGCAUUGGCUCCAUGACGAUGCCGGCGCCUCCGGAGCGCGUGGCACACCCCUCGUGCGGCCCCGGCUUCGCCGUGCGCUCCCAGUCGCUGCACUCGGUGGGGGGCGGAGGGGACGAGGACGGCAGCCCCACCUCGCGCAAGCAGCCGCCGCCCAAACCCCGCCGCGACCCCAACACCAAGCUCAGCAUCUCCUCCGAGACGGUGGACCUGGCCUCCUCCACCUGCAGGAGCGGAGACCCGGACAGGUGUGAUGGCAAAUGGGAGCCCAACACUAACGCUUCGUCUCUUCUCGUAGCUUCUCAGGGCUGCAGUGAGGACUGCAGGAGGGUCCCCCCGCCGAAGCCCAAGAGGAACCCCAACACCCAACUGAGCACCUCUUUUGACGAGUCCUACAUCAGGUCGCACAGUUCCAAGGGCUCGCCCCCGGCCUCUCGGGAAUCGCUGGCGCCCUCGCCCCCGGAGCCACAGAGUCCGCCUGGCCGGGACUCGGACUCGGACGAGCCGGUGUACAUCGAGAUGACGGGCAGCGCAGCCCGUGAGGCCCAGCGCAGCGAGGACGAUGAGCCCGGCGAGGCCGUGUACGAGGAGAUGAAGUACCCGGCGCUGGACGAGCUGCUGGACUACCCCUCGGGCUACCGCUCGCAGUGCGCCACGCCGUGCCCGUCCGAGCCGGGCGAGCAGACGCCGCUGUCCAGCCGCUGCAGCACGCCGCGCGGCACGCCGCUCUGCGACAUCCCCGCGCCCUUCCCCAACCUGCUCACCCACCGGCCGCCGCUGCUGGUCUUCCCGCCGGCGCCCGCCCAGUGCUCGCCCAACUCGGACGAGUCGCCGCUCACGCCCCUGGACAUGGCCAAGCUGCCCAUGCUGGAGAACGCCUCCUACAGCAAGUCGCCCACCUCCUCCUCCGGCAUGGAGCACCCCGGCUCCUCGUCGGCCUCCUCCUCCUCCUCCUCGCACCAAAAAAGCCGGCGCGAGCGAGAGCGCGAGCUCACCGCCACCCCCACCAUCACCGUCUCGGGACGCUCCUCGGCGCCCCCGCUGCCCUGCACCCUCUACAAAUCCUCGGCGUCCAGCCACGGCUACCAGCGCAGUCACUCGGCGUGCCCGUCCCCGGUCAGCAUGGGCCGCUGCCUGACCCCGCUCAGCCUCAUGCGGGCGCCGCCGUUCGACGGGCCCUUCCCCGGGGCGGGGCUCCCGCGCAGCGCCUCGGCCACGCCGCACGGCAAGGGCUCGCCGCCGCAGGAGGGGGGCGGCCGGCUGCACGGCUCCAUGCAGAACGUGUCGGUGGGGCGCUCGCGCACCCCCACCAGCCCCCUGGACGAACUCACCAACCUCUUCACCACCGGCAGGAACAUGCUGAAGAAGAACACCAGCGGCAGGAAGUCCAAGGAGCCGGGAGAGAGCGAGUCCAAAGGAAGAUGCCACAGUUCCGAGACCAAAAAGGAGGGAAAAGAUCGACACCACAAAGAAUCAAAGCGAGACAGUAAGGAGCGGCACAGCAGCUCUAAAGAGUCGAGACGCGACAGCAAAGAUCGGAGCUGCAACGGCAUAGAACCUAUGCCGCGUCGUGACAGCAAAGACAAGACAGGUAACGUGUCAGAGGCUCUCCACAGGCAGGAUAGCAAGGACAGAAUCGGCAACAACGUGGACAUUUUCCAGCGCCGUGACAGCAAAGACCGCGGAAACACCAUGAGUGAGCUUUUGCCGCGACGUGACAGCAAAGACAGGGGUUGCAAUGGAAUCGACUGCUUGCCAAGGCAGGACAGUAAAGAAAUGGUUAGGAAUGGAGCCGAGACGAGGCGCGACGGCAAAGACAGAGGCGGUCAUGUCGCAGAGGGCAUGUCAAGGCACGAGAGCAAAGAGUCGGUUAGAAAUGGACUGGAAGUCAGGCGAAAUAGUAAAGAAGGCGGCCGGAAGGAUUCGGAGAGCAGACGGGAGUGGGAUUGCAAGGAGAGGAGCUCCACGGACACAAAACGGGAGAGCAAAGACCGUGGAUGCAACUCUGCAGAUUUCAUUUCGAGGCGUGACUUCAAAGACAGGGUUGGGCACGUCCCGGAGCCGUUGCCCAGGAACGAGGGCAAGGACAGGGCCAACCAUAGCGCAGAGACCACUAAAACGAAUGAAUGGGAAGGACUGUCUGGGCCACCGGCCAUCGGGACACCCAGUCGGCUCGGACGAUCCUGUGUUAGUCCCACCAUGGUGUUGGGAAACACCAGUUCAGAGCUGAAGACAGCGCAGAAAAUGGGUCGCUCGCCCUCCACCCCAGUGGCGCCAUCUCCACUAGGGACGCCCCAGCGACAACCUCAAGAGCCUCUACAGAGCCAGAUGCCACCCAUGCCGUGGGUAUAUGGCGACAGCACAAUGAUGGACAUGAUCGAGCGCAAGCAGCGUCUCUGUCGGGAGAUUCGCUCACGGCAGCAGCAGCCCCCACCGCCCCAGCGGCCACCUGUCCGGAGUCCAUGCAAACAGGAGAGCCUACCCGCCCUCCCAGGCUGGAAGAAGAGCAAUGGGGCCAAGAAGUAUGGCCCCCCUCCGUAUCCCAGCCAGACAACGGUCUUUUGGGACACUGCCAUCUGAACCUCUGGGUAACACCCCUGCGGACUAUCUCUGCUAACAUGUCAUCUCUUUGUAAGGAGCUGUCUGAAAAGAGGAUGCUUUUCUAUCAGAAUGAACAGCAGGUGGUUUUUCCAUAGCAAUAUAUCUGAGGGUCAGGCUUUCCUAUCAUCCUUGUUUAUAUCUGAUAUUUUUAUAUUAUAAUGUGAUUUCUUGUAAUAUACGUAGCAUUAAUAGAUAUUUUCUAAAGAAAAAUAAACACAAUAUGUCUUUAAAGAUUAUGUAGAUGUAGAACAAUGAAAUGUUUGUUUUAUACCUUUUUUUGUCUCAGACAUUGCUAUCCGCAACCUAACAGUACCUAGUUACAACGUUGUGAGCUCUCCAAGCCUAUUUUAAUUCAGACAUCUAAACAUUAAUUUACUAUGCUGAAAUGUUACAAACGUAGGCUACCAUAUAUAAUGGAGUUUUUUUUCCCCUAAGUGGGAUUUCUAUUGUAACUGGAAUAGGCCUGGCUGUCUUUUGGUUACCUUUCAACAUGUAGGAUGCUAUAAGAAUGUGCAACCCCAACAACACAGUUACAUUUCCUUUUUUUAUUGAAACACUUCAAAUAUAUACUUGGAUUGUUUGAGAUUGUCAUGUGAUGAGUUAACAUAAGCCUAACAUAGGCCUUGUAACACCUGUUUUGGUUGUUGAUACCUAGGCAAUUAACUAAAUUUAAUGGCAGAGUACGGAGGGAGAAGAAAGGAAAAAUAAGCAUUUAUGUAUGUCAAGAGAAAAGGAAAAGAUUACUUUUAAUGGAGAGGGGAACAGUAGAUGAGAAACCAGCAUGUGAGAUUGGUGGCUUGUGAACUCGAGCCUGGAGUCAAGGCAGUUUCCUGGGGGGAGUUGGCACCCUUCCCACAGCCUGCACAGUGAAGACACCUGCCCCUCCAGUCAGAGUCCGAGCCCUGUAGCCCUCACACAAACUAAUAGCAGAACAAUCAAUGCUUGAGCUUUCUACACCUUAUUACUUUUACUAACUUCAUUUUAUGCACUUGCUUGUGAGGACGAAAAAGAGAAGAAAAAAGUUCCUGAUAUUGUUGAUAUUUUUUGGUACUGUCUAGAUGCUGUGCCGUAUAUUUAUGAUAGUGUAAGUGGAGGGAUCGUAUUGUAUGACUGACUGAGAUCAUGUAAGACAAUCCAACACCAGCAAUUGGCCAACCCCUUUCACCACUGAUUAUGUGACAGGCACUCUCCUGGGGUCUGCUAGCAAAGACCCUCUAAUUGUAGCAACUGGUCUAACCCAUAAUAAGGGUCAAAGCUGCACUGAGGCAUAUGUAGUAAUUAUGCUGCAUUAAAAAAGUCCAAACUAAAAUAAAAAGAACUGCACUACCCAUAAUCCACCAUCACACAGCAAUUGGCUGGAUACCUCCCACCUCCCUCUACCUCAACCUCUCAAAUCAGCUGAAGUGGUUUUCAUUUGCACGUUGAAUGCAAGAUCUGCAUUGCCAAAGCAUUUUGGGUAUUGUAGUGUA